UUUUUUUUUUCAAGUGACUUGUACCCAUAAAUGUACCAUAAUGUCCCCCAAAGUUGGUAAGGAAAGAAAACAAAGUAAAAAAAAAAGAAAAAGUAAAACAGUAAUUAUGUUUUAUAUCUUAAAUCAUGGCUUUUUGUGUCUGAACAGCGAUUCCAAUGCAUGCAUUGGUAGAUGAAAAUGAAAAAUUCUGGAAACAAGUUUUCUUCAGGCAGUCAAUCCAAAGUACAGUAACUAUUUAAUUUACUAUUGUAGUGAUAUUUGUAAUAAAUAUAUUAUAUACUCCUUCCUCUUUUUAUUUAAUAUUAAAGUGUUAACUUAUAUAAAAUUAUAUAUAAUGUAAUUUAUUAUUGAUAGAUUAUUGUAGCUUAUUUAUAUUUUAAAGAGUUGCUAAAAGUAGAGUGAUUUGAUAUGAUCUUCUACAUCCUGCAACUUUUUGGCCUGGAUCCCACCAUUUUCUUCCUUUCACAGACUUAUCACAGACCUACUAUGCUUUGAACAGGAUACACCACUAUUAAUUGAUAUAAGGUUGCAGGGUACAGAACCUGAACUAUUAAUGGGACGUCAAAAAUUGUUUGGAAAAAAUGCCAAGCAAUGCUUAAAAUCUUGAGACUGUAUCAAAUGUCGGUCCCGAAUUUCUGCUGACUCGGUUGCAUUUCCGAACCUCAACUCUGUUACAGAUCCCCUCAUAGGGUACAAAUACAGGUAUAGUCAGGCUAUGGGCUAGCUUGUCUCUUGCUUAUCAUCAGUGAUUCAGUGGAAAGCUCUGUGGAGGAGGGAGACCCCAUGGGUAGCCUGGAUAGUUUGCCACAUCUGAAUGACACAUACUCCAAAAAAUUCUCCAUCAGUGGGACAAUCAAUUAACCAUGAAGUACACAGUGCAUGAUUUGAAAUAGCUGCCUCAGGCUGCUCCAUUUACUGUUUGGAGUACUACUGUAUACUCUGGAUUUUCGGACCAGUAAUAGAAUCGGACCAACAAGCAGUCACAUGACUGUUCUGACUCUUCUGGCUGCCACUACGUUUGAGAGUCAUGUGACUGCAUGUGAUCGGUUUGACUCUAUUAAUGUUCAGAAAAUUUGGAGUACUCUGAACAGUAUUAAAUAGAGCAGCCGGCCUGUCUACCUGUUGAUUCCAGGUAAUUUUCACAAAUUACAGGUCUGGUGUAAAACUGCUUAUCUGUCACCUGCAACAGGUUGAGAAAGAAAAUUCCUUAUUAAGAAAACUAAAUGCUAGUUUUUCCUAGCAUAAACAGGCUUGCAAGAAGUAGGAUUUAAAUGCCUGUAGACUGCAUUGGGAAUGAAGAAAUGCCUAACAAACCCAACCCUCUUCCUGGCAAGGCCUGUAUUUCUUUAUAAUAUCAAAGUUAUAAAGAAUGUACAGGUUAAGGAGACAGGUAAAAAUACACAACUUGUCAGUGGUGGAUCCAGCAAAGUUUUUUUGGGGGGUGCUAACCAAACAUUUUAAAAUUUGGGUCUCUCAAAUGGCAUUUCCAGCAUUCUGAGAAAACAUUCUGGAAAAUUUUUAGAUUCUCAAAACAUUUCAAAAUUCAGAAUAUUUAAUAUUGGCUAUUCCGCUAUUGUCAACUAGUGGUACCCAACUGAAUUCCUUAACAUAAGUUGGUUAGAAUUAGGAUAAACGUCAUUUUUGCACCCCCCCCCCCAUGCACCCCUGUUGACCAGAGCCUGGGGGAUGCACCCCACCCUGCACCCCUAAAUCCACCACUGCAACUUGUCAUGAUGCAUGAUAGGUAAAAAAUUAGGAACAUGAUUUCAAACCCUGUAGUGAAAUACUUCUCUGGUGACCUGGCUAGAUUACAGUAUCACCUUUCUGUUUCCCUUUUUCCCUUUUGGGCGCUUUAGGAUACAAUACAACUUAAUGGGUUAAUAUGUGAAUUCAGUCUAGGUCUGUAUUGAAUGCAGUGGCUUUGCAAGAUCACCUGGUCAAGUCUCUUUCACUUCAAGAUCCAUUUAAGACAAAAGUAAAUCAUAAACCAAAAAGCAAUACAAAGCAGACGAAAACUGCAACAAGAAAAACCAAAACAGAUGUAGAUGACAAUAAAGAAUAUGUUCUUGAUGCAAAACCGAAACCAUUGACAUUAGGUACAAAUGAAAUUAUACUAUUAAUAUAUGGUAUGUGGGUUUUGCUAUCAUUGUGCAGCAGAUGGGGUCAACCAACAAUUAAACGUAACAGUACUGUGCAUAGGUUUUGGGUCACCUAAGUAGCACACAAAUAUUAUAUGCCGUUUGGCUCAUUGGGAACUUUAGUUUUAUUAAUUUCUCAACCUUUUGCAUCAUCCAGUCAGUCAUCAUCCAUUAUAAUUACUUUGUUUAACUCAAUAGGGACCUUAAGCAUGUACGAUGGCAACGCGACGACGACAGCCAAAACAAACUUCUUCAAAUAAAUUAUUGUGAAGAAAAGUUGUUGUGUAUUGUCCACUGUAUGAAUUUAAUACAGUUUGAGGAGGUUAGAACAAAGGGUGUAUUGGAUAAAAACAUUUCUGCUGGGCAAAUUUGUCGGCUGUCGUGACUUGAAAUGUUUGCGUUGUGCAAUUAAGAGAGGUGAAAAACUUUGGUUUGAAAAUUCUUCAUAAAAUUAAACUUCUGUGUGCAAAGGGCUGUUUUGCCACAUUAAAAAUGGCUUGCGCACAGAAUUACGAUAAUACAAUUCUGCUUGGAGCCGUCCACAUGUGACUGACCACAGACUGAGUGCACGGUAACCAUGGGAUAUUACAGGAUUUACGGUUUUAUUUAUACAGUAUCAGUAGUUUGAUAUCGUUAUUUCAUAAUUUGUAAAGCUCAGAAACUUGGUCUGGUAGAUGCUCCUACUGCACGACUUACUGACAAAGAAUGGCAAGAUGUCAAAAAUAAAUCUAAUCAAAGAAAUGAUUCUGAUCAACCAUGUGUGAUUUGUAAAGAAGAAUUUGGAACACAACAUCAGGUGUGUCUUCUAUAUUGUUAAGUGUGGAAUAAUUUUCACCCAAUUCCGGCAAGGAAUCGAACCUGCGGCCCUGCGAGUCCUGUGCAGUGCUCUAACCAACUGAGCUACAGAGAGACAGUUGUCGAGCUCAGAGAUGUAGCGAAGCAUUCAAUAGCGAUGUGCCGGAUACCGAUAUCCGGUAAAAUUUAGAGAUCCGGCACUAUCCUGUAUAAAUUUGCCGGAUAUUUACCGGAUAGUACUGUAAGAUAUUUUGUUACAACCAUGAAACGGAAAAGUUUACUUGGCGUUUCCAAAUUGUGAAACACGAACAAUUACUGAGUGUGCGCUACAUUAUGACGAAAUCGUGAUGGUGAUGUGAACUGCUCGUUCGCCAACAGCAGUGAAGUUUAUAUACUGAAUACCAGUAAACAAUGUAAGGUGAAUCAUAAGAUAUGGCCUUGGUAAAGACAAAUAGGUCAAAGAGACAAAAAACUCUUGAAGUUAUUGUAUUAAACACAUUGCCACAUUGGGCUAGUUAAUUAAGCUAUAAAAAUGUUGUGUUUCUAAUAAAUUAUUUUAUGGGAGUAUCUGGUUAUUAUCCGAGUCCGGUCAUCAUUUUCUCCUGACCGGUAUCCGGUAGCCUACUAUCCGGUACUAUCCGGUAUCCGGCAAAACAGUAUCCAGCACAUCCCUAGCAUUCAAGCAUCUGAAGUUAAAGUCGGAGGAUUUUACCUGAAAUUUGAAUUUCAAUGUUAAAAUUUACCUGAAGUGUAAUAAUUCUAAUAAAGCUUUUUGUGAUUAAUUUGCACUGUCAUACUAAGUUUCGGUUUUGAAGCUCUAGGACUGCAUUUCUGGCGUUUUCUAAAGUGAAUUCCCAAACCAAUUGGAUGUAAAUUGACUGUAUUUUACAAAAAUGGUUAUCAUUUCACAAAAAUAAUUACUUUAUUACGCAAAUUUUACCUGAAAAUGUCAAAAUUUUAACUUGAAUUUUACCUGAUUCGCUACGUCCCUGGUCGAGCUCUAAUCACAAAUUCAUGUAUAACGAGAAUAGGGUGAUGCCAAUGUUACCUGUAUGGGUAAUUAGCCAUUCCGAAGUUGAUGAGAGGACUGGGGACGAGUGUUAAAAAUUGCCCAAAUUAAAAAAGAACUAAAUCACUAAAAAGAGCACCUCAAAAUUAGUAAGUAUACAAAGUUUGAAGACGUUUGCAUGAAUACCCUUCGAAUAACAAGCUUUCGAAAAUCGCGAUAUUUACUAUGAAAUGUAUCAGUAAUUUCACAAUUUUCGAAAGCUUAUUAUUCGAAGGGUAUUCAUGUAAACGUAUUCAAACUUUGUAUACUUUCUAAUUUUGAGGUACUCUUUUUAGCGAUUUGGUUCAUUUCUUAAUUUGGGCACUUUUUAUCAUUCGUCCCUAGUCCACUCAUCAACUUCGGAAUGGCUAAUUAGUGUAAAUAUGAGGAUUUUGAGCAUCUCACACAAUGUAACUGAUUGUUGAAGGGAUUUGUAGAUGGAAAUUUCGUGUUGAAGUUUUAUAUAUUUAUUACACCUAACCUCAGUGGACCCAUGGAUAAUAAAAUAAAUGGAUAGGAAACUAGCUGACGUGAUCUAAUGUUUUCAAUUGGCUGAUGGCGUGAUUGGAUGUUGAAACCCAGUUGCAAACCAAAUUCUCAAAAACGGCAUGUUUAGCAAUAAUACAGCUAAACAUUUUAGUCAAAGAGCAAAUGAAUAUAACUACGCCAUUCUACGAUGAAAUCUCUAAGUAUUCCCAGUCAAUUUUAGCAAAUAUUUCAAGCACUAAACAGUGAAAAAGGCAUCCCAAAUUUCGUUAAAAUUGGGGACGCCAAUUUCGUAGCUACAAAUGUAAAAAAAUACAAAACAAAAAUGAAAAACAUUUACCUUGAAUACUUUGUCGUGGCUUAGGCAUGUUUUUAAAACAAUUAGACCAGAAUAUGCUUCAAUAUUACUCGCGAAACAACAAAAAUGCCGAGAACUUUGCAAUACGCGUGACGUCACAGAUUGCAACUAGGUUGUUUUUGCUUACGUCAGCUAGAGUCCUAUCCAUUUAUUUUAUUAUCCAUGGUGGACCUAACCAGGAGCAGUUGCUAAUUAACAUAGAAAAAUGUACCAUUAUACAAAACAGUGCAUUUGAUUGUUUUUAUCGCGUACAAUUCUGAAUUAUUUGGAAAACACUCGAAUAUUUCUAAUUAUAUACAUUUAUUUAGUUAAUAAAAAUUUGUCACAAUCAAUGUUAUCACUGCACUAACUCUGAAUGUAACUGAAGUAUCUAAAUUUAGUAACAAACAAGAAAACAAUUAGGAUGCACGUAUGUAUCAAGAAAACAAGUUGUUUGAACAUUUUAAGGGUAAUUUAACACAAUUUUUGUUGUAGGUGUUGUUGUCGUGUUCUCAUGUGUUUCAUCGGGUAAGUUAAAGUUUGACGAAGAAAUAAUUUUUCAAUUAAACCAACCUAAAGAGAAUCUUUUUCAAUUAGCCUCACGCCGCCAUUUUUGGCUGGCAUUUCAGUCGACAUCUGCGAGAUAAGUCCACAUAACAGCGACUUUUUAUAAUUUUUUUGACAAAUUAUGGUAAAUUUGCUUUGUAAAUGGUUAGUUUAUUUUCAAAAAUUGCUUUUCACAUUGUUUUAAUUGUCUGCAUUGGUUAACGAGAAUUAGAUGCCACCCAAAAAUGGCGGAUAGUCGUCAUCGUGAGAAAGGCUAAUUAGACCAACCUAAGGAAAAUUGCAAUAAAAAUUAAGUUGCUUUUAUUUGAGAGAACUUUUUAAAUUAUGUAUAUAAAAGAUCCUUUAAAUUAAAUUUGGGUUUUGGUUCAAUAUGCAUGACGUCAAUUGGUUCGCAACAUAUUAAAAAACUUCUCUACAUAAAAUGCAGUCAAUUUUGUCUUUUGCCAGCGUAAAUGUAGGGCUCUGGUUAGAUUAGACUCGAUCACGACAUCUUAUUUUAAGAGGUAAGGACAUGACUAUGUAUCAAAGAUACUGAUACAGUGAAACUCCAGGUCAAGUGGCUUUAUACUCUCACUUUAAAGCCUGGUUCACAUAUGCCUGCGGCAUGCCUGCGACUGUAUCAUUAUGCCUCUACUUCCCGCCGAAAUACCGGCAAAGUUGAACUCAACUCAACUUUCCCGGCCUGCCGCCGAUGUAACUGAGGCACUGGAGGCAAUCGGCGAACAAAUGUUCACAUAAUUUACGUUUUAAAGCUAGCACCGUAUCGUCGCCGGUACAUCGCCGGUACGUCGGUUAAGCCUGGUUCACAUAUAUGCCUGCGACGUACCGGCGACGAUGCCGGUGGUAGCUUAAAACGUGAAUUAUGUGAAUAUUUGUUCGCCGAUUGCCUCCAGUGCCACAGUUACAUCGGCGGUAGGCCGGGAAAGUUGAGUUGAGUUCAACUUUGCCGGUAUUUCGGCGGCAAGUAGAGGCAUAAUGAUACAGUCGCAGGCAUGCCGCAGGCAUAUGUAAACCAGGCUUUAUCUAGCUAGAGUAUUAACAUAUACAACAAUGCAUAUUCACUUGUAAGCUGAGUUAGUGUGUACUAUACAAUGCAUAUUCAUGUAGGUUUGUCUUCAAGCGUUCGAAAAAUUUUCUGGUGGAAAGACGUGUCCCAUGUGUCGAAAAGAACAAUACGAAACACGAGUUAUACACGAAGGACGAAAUUUGUGGCGACAUAAAUGUGCUAUUAGGUAAGUUUAAAUGAAAAGAACUAAAGUAAAAAAAACUAAAAUAGCAAUAUACUUGUACUGGGCAGUUCUAUUAGUUCCAAACAUUUUGCCCUAAAUGGCCGUGUCUUAUUGGUCCAGUGUCACUACAGGAGGAUGUGGAAGCACCUGGCGACAAUCUGCACUGUUUGGUAGAGCUAAACUGGAAACACUCUUAUAUAGUUUCUUCUGACAUGCGCGACUGAGGUGAUAUGAUGAUCAGAAAACUGCAUAUAUAUAGCUAGUUAAAGGCUGUUUCGACCCAAAAUCUAAGGAUCAGUGGGAUUAUAACAUUUUCGCUUUGGUCUGACGAAUGGCUGCCGAAGUGUGCAGUUGCUCAGACAUUGGUUAAUAAUGGUCUGCCAGCUUUUCAAACAUUGGUUGGUCGUGCCGAUCACCGGUUUUCGCAGGACCAUGCAAUCAAGACUAAUCAUACUUAACUUUUGGUAAGCAGUCCCAACGAUCCAUGCAACCGAAAAGUUCUAGAUCGAAUUGCCUGUCACAGCGAAGCUAAGAAAACCUCUUGCGUUCUUUUUCUUGCAUGCUUUUGAACAGCACUUAAUUUAAAUAAAAGCUAUUUUAUCUCAUUGCGGUCAACCAGUGGCGUAACUACUAUGGGCUCAGACCGUGAGAACCCGGGGGCCCCAACCUAAAUGGGGGCCCCCAGGCUUAGGCAAUAGAGCAAAAACAUUGGUCAGGGCCUCUGAUAUGUUACAAUGUAGUUUUAUGACCAUCAGAAUUCUGUAAAAUCUCUCCCCAAAGUCCAGGAAAUGGCAUUUCAGAGAGUCUAAAUUCAAAAAUUUCCGGAUGAGCAUGCCCUGGACCCCCUAGAAAAUUCGUGCAUAUACGGCGCUCGACUCGUGCCUUUGGCACUUCUACUAGGGGGGCCUUCGAAAAUUUUGAACCGGGGGCCCCCUGAUAUAACGUUACGCCACUGCGGUCAACAUGUCCGUAUAACAUCGUUACGGUCCACACUGCUAAGGAUACAAAUGAACAUGGCAUACGGCAUGUAUACAUUUUAUAUUCCGAAUAGUCUACUCACAAAUUCUAGUGGGGACAUUGUGGCAACGGCUUUAGAGUAUAUAAUAUUUUUGUUUCGCCUCACGCCCGAAAAUAUGACAAACACACCAUGUAGUCAUAUUUAUACUAUAGGAUCCAAGCAGCAUGGCGCGGUUAUGUUGUAAGGUCUUGGUAUCUAAAGUUAAGAGAAACAGUUCCUCCAAACGAUCCAAUGCUGAGAAGAAAGUUUUAUGAAGAGAAGGUAAACAUAUACAGUAUACGGCUGUGGUCGUUUUUUAGAUGGUAUUUUCAUUGCUGCUGAAUGUAGAUUCUGGGAGCGAGGUUGAUGUAGAUUGAAAUGUUAUUUCAAUGUCUUGUGCCCUGGAUUAAAAGCAUCCGACUUUCGAACAACGUGUCCCUGAGCUUGCGUGGGCAAAUAAACAAAAUUUGAUUUCAUCUUAUUUCAUUUCCAGCUUCGCUCUAUCACCGACCGUUUUGUUAUGUCAAUGUCAAACACUGAGGUAGACACAUUUCUUGCCCAAAUUGAUCAGUCGGUGGAGGAAAGUCGAAGAGUUAUGAGGUUGGUUCUCACUAGAUUUGAUUGCGUUUUCUCUCGUCUCCGAAGCCGAAAAUGCUGGACAAACUAGGAAACAUUAUUGUGGAAACAUCUGAAGUUUUGAUUUUCCUGAAUGCCUUCAGCAACGUUGUUGUGGAAAACAAAUUUCUUUUCAGGGAAGAAAAAUGUUUUCAUGAGUUCAAAUAAUGGACAACUUGCAUCUUAGACUAAAUUUUAGUCUAAGUAAAGAGAAGGGAAUCACUCAUGCACCACAGCUAAAAAGAUCAUAAUGAGAUUGGUAACAAUUUCCACACGUAACACAAACAUAUACAAAAUAUGCAAACUUCGCAAGGCUAUAUUUUCCGUAACAUUUCGUAACCAAAUUUUGCAAUUUUACUAAUUACUUUUUUUUGCCUAGAUCAAAAAUUAGUCUAACAUGCAAGUUGUCUAUUGCAAAUACUAUGUUAUUCUCAGUUUUUAUAACCUUCAUCCUGUAGUUCUGGACAUGCAUGGCACAGCCGAUAUUGCUGUAACAGAAAUAGUUUACUUUUUACAGGCAAAUGUCUCUGAUAAAUUUUUCCUGGUUUGGCUACCUUCAGAAAACAUGGCCUUGGACUUGAUGCUUAAUAAGUAUUUAUUGUAUUGUUAUAGAUUUGUAGAAGAAAAUAGUUUCAAAACAAUGUCUACCAUGGAUUGGCAAUCUGUUUAUGAACAGGUUUGAAAUGAAUUUUUUUACGUCUCCACGACUGGUUUCCAGAAAUUUGGUUUCCGCGAAACCUUAAAACAAGGGGGGAUGGGGGCAGUGAAGCGCAGACCUUUAAUAUAUAGAGUACGAUUUUCGUCUGAUGCAUGUGACUGAGUAGACUUGCCACAAGUCCGCCUUAGAAUUUUUUCCUAGCUUUAGUGAAUGAGUAGGUGAGCUAUGAUUCCUAUGAAUGUUCUGAGUAUGUGUACCCUCAUUUUGAACAUUUAUAUAACUCAUCCACUUGUUUACAUCCAUCAGAAGAAGAAAGUCCCAGAUCGAUUUUUUCAGCGACGAGUCGUAAUGCUAAUGAAAUACAAUGAAAUGAAAUUGGGUAAUCGUUCCAUGUUUCGCGCACCAAUAUCCAGGUGAUCUCGUGUUCGUAUUUUAGCCAAUCAGCGCUCAGAAAGGGUUGUCCGAAUAUAAAUCCAUUUUGAUGUACUCAGUCAAUUAUGUCUUUCAUUAUUCUUUAUGAAACUAGUUGAAAUUUUGUCAUUAUGUUUGGUUAUGAGAACUAUAGCUCUGACAAAAAUAUGGAAUCGAAAUAAAGUAUAUUACAGGAGAUAUUCAGUUGUUUUAAUCAUAAAAUGGAUUUCUAUUUGACAACUAGUGCCAGUACUUUUCCGCGUAUCAAGAUCACCUGGAUAGUAAACGUUAUGUAAUGGAUAUUUGUUAACUGGAUACCUCCAUACACAUAUAUACACACCCUAACCCUAAACCUAACCCCUAAUACCUAACCCCUAACCUAUAUUGGUACGCGAAACAUGUCAUGUAACAGCAUCGGUGACGAUUUUCUACGCCUUUCCAGAUUACAUUUGCGUCCUUUCGUUGGAACGAAGCAUUGGUGAUACUGGUAUAUAGCGUAGGUUUUCAGACAUGCGCAAUAUAAUAAUUUUCUUUUUAGUAACGACCAGAAGGCUUUUUAUAACAAAUUUAAUAAAUUGUAACAACGUUUCGGAGUUUACUUCAUCAUCAGGUUACAUUUAUACGCACAAUAGAAAAAAAAAGAAAAUUAUUACAUUUAAAUGAGGCUUAGAGAAAGUUCGCUCCUAAUCACAUGCGCAAUAUAAUUGUAUUUUUCAGUUACCGAUGUGAGAUUUCUGUAUUUUAAUUUCCUUUGUAGGCCAAAGAGCGACUUUCGUCCGACUGUCCUAUUUGUUUUACAUCGUUAUGCUCAGACAUGCUACCUCAGCUUCAACCUUGUUGCGGAGUACAAGAUGAGAAAGUUCGUCCUGUCACAUUGUUGUCAUGUUCCCAUGUUUUUCACAAGAAAUGUGUAGAAGCUUUUGAACAACUUUCACUGAAUACAUAUCACAUCUGUCCUGUUUGCCGCUCACUGUAUUAUAAGAAGGAUUUACAUUUAUGAAUUGUCAUUAAUACACCCUUUCGAUAAUUACGUCAUUUGGCCUGGGAGCCUCGCUCUCAUGAACCGUGAGCCAAUCACCUUGGGUAAUUUACUAAUGAGAGCGAGGCUCCAAGGCCAAAACGUAUGUGUGACGUAAUUAUCGAAAGGGUGUAUACGGUACUAGAAACGGACUGAUUAGUCGCCUGAGUGCCUGAUCAAGACAAAGAAGACAAAGUGUUCACACCAAUUAACUAGUUAUUGACAAAUAUUGGAUCGUCGGACGAGAUUAAUUACGCGCGCCAGUCGUUUGUGGACGAACUACGCUGAAAGUUUGUGUUGAAGUAUGAUCCGGUUGUUUUGAUUCAUUGUUAGUUUGGCGAAUUGUCAAACAAAGUUACUUGACCACACGGAUAAUCAUGCAGUCUCUAGUAUAAAUUAGGCUUUUAACGGUUGAUAGGACAUCGAAUGCGAAUGUCCAUUUGACUGACAGUAUCGAGAUUUUUAGGCAUCUUGCUCGAUAGAACUAACACUUGAAGCAUUUUUGUAGAUGGAAAUUUGAACGGAAGAUGAUAUCCAAUUUUAGACCCAAGUACAACGCUGCGGAAUCGCAGGUUCGAUUCUUGCCAGAGGACCUAUACUACUAUAUAGUUGCUUUUUUCCCAACUGCUCCUGGUUAGGUCUGAAAUUGCAUAUCAUCUUCCGCUCGGAAUGUCCAUCUAAGAAAAUCGGAUCUGACAGUAGUUCAUGCACUUGCAUGUGGAUCUGAAUUGACUAUUAUCUGAAUUGAAUUGACCACUUGCGUAACAGACUAAAUUUUGAUCUAGACAUAAAUUUCAUCACAGCUUGAAAGAGCAUCACAAAAUUAGUAAUAUUCCAAAGUUUCGUUGUGAAAUGUUGU